AUGACUUUGGGAUUGGAAGAAUUAUCUUUAGAUUUUAAUAAUAAUUUAGGUCUUUCUAAUAUUAACACUUCUAGAGAUAUAUUAGUUUUAGAAGAUAUUAUAGAUUUUACAUUACCACUUUUCGAUAAUACUAAUAAUGAAUUACAUAAUGAACCAAAAACUCAAGAUAUUGUAGAUUCUCCUAAUUUAGAUUAUGAUUCAGAAAGAUUA